AUGCCGCGAAAACGUACCAGAGACGAGAUGGAGGUCUCGGAGCCGGAAGAGAAGAAAUAUGAACCUUCUCUACUCCAGAGGAUACGAAAUAUGUGGGAGUUCGCUACCGUCAUGCAGUUUAUCUUCUUCUUUGGCAAGGCCAUCAAGAUCGACGAAGACUUUGACAUCGAGGACUUCGAGAGUGAGUGUUUGAAACCCGGUUAUUCUGAAAAACUCGAGGAAAUCGGCCUCACCCUUCUCAAAUGGAUCUCAUCCCAUAGAGGUCUCAAUUACGAUAUCUGGGAUGAAUACACCCGCCGGCAGUACCUGGCCAAGGCUCCUCGCCUGAACCCCUACGGUGACGAGGAAGAGCCCAAGCGGUUUCGAGACUUCGACAUCUUCACGAAGAUUAGAAUCCUCCACCAGCUCACAAUAUGGACAUUUUGGAAUCCCGACCGUAUAAGGGAAAAGAUGACGGAACAGCCGCGCGAAAUUGAUCAGACUGAAUGGCGCAUUGAAGAGUUUGGCUACGACAGGCAUGACCGCCUUUACUACCUUCUCGACGACAACCGCUUUUACCGACGGACUGAACCCCCGUUGCCGCAAGCUCCAAAGGGAAAGCCCAAAGCAAAUUCCAAGAAAGCCAUCGCCGCCAGACGACGCGAGAGCAAGCGGAGAAAAUUGGAAGCCGAAGCUGCCGCCUUUGCCGCCGCUGCUGCCGCCGAUGGUGAGGAAGAGAAUGAGGAAAACACCGAGGAGACAGAAAUUGCUGAAGAGGAGAAUAAACUUGAGCCCUGGGAGAUCAACACCUUUGGUGGUUUCAAGUGGGAAUGCCUCUGCAUCACCCUCGCCGAUUACCAAGAACUGUGUGAAUCCUUUAAAAAAUCCAAAGACCCCAACGAAAAGGCUCUACGAGAGCGAUUGAUAGAGGAGGUCAUACCUAUCAUUGAAGCCGCCGAAGAGAGACAGCGUCGUAAGAUAGAGCGUCGUGAGAGGGAACUACUCAUGAUGGAGAGAAUGGUCGGAGCAAAGCGGUCAAGUCGACUAGCGGACAAGCACGAACGAGAAAGAAGAGAAGCUGAACAAGCUGAAGCUGAAAAGAAGAAACAAGCGGAUCUGAUCGCCGCUCGCCGCGAGCAGGAAAAACAAGAGAAGAUGGAGCAAGAACGGCAGUAUCGCAUGAUGACCCGAGAACAACGGAUCAGGGAUCGCGAGCUCAAGCGGCUGCUCAAGGAGGAGGAACUCGCCAGAGAUGCACUCGAACAGAAGCGCAUUGAAGAAGGGGAAGCCAGAGGAUCUGACCGUGCCCUCAAGCAGCGAAUAGAGCGGAAUAAGAAAGAGCUCGAGGAACUCGAGGCUGGGGAGGAUUGGACCUUUGACUGCUCCGGGUGCGGAAAGUACGGCAAGAAUUUUGAUGAUGGCUCUCACAGUAUUUCGUGUGAGAGAUGUAACAUCUGGCAACACAGCAAAUGCUUGGGCAUCUCCAAAUCGGCAGCGGAAAAGGAUGACUUUCACUUCAUCUGUACAGAUUGCAGACGUAAAGAAGAAGAUGCAAAGAGGCCCAAGAUUUCCCUCAAGUUCCGCGUGGGCGCAUCCUCCUCGCCAGUCCCACCAAGUCCUGUGCCUGCCACGUCCAAGGCCGUCGCCGCUGAAGUCCCCGUGGAAUUCGCUGCUCAGUCACCCAGGCAAGGUGCGAUGACAAACGGCCAUCAGUAUUCUCCAUCGAACCAGCUGGCUAGUCCCUCUCAGCGCCUCCCAUCCGCGCAGAUGAAUGGCGUCCAUCCCCAGCAGCGUUUCGGUCCAACUCAGCAAAUGUCUCUUGGUCCUGCUCAAUACCAACUGGCGUCAACAAGCCCUCGACAACAACAGAACUUCACCAUGCGCCCCAUACAGCCUUAUCCCUCGGGAUUGAGCACUGGUGCGGCUAGAAGCCCGCCGCCUCCAGGGCAAGGUAAUCAUCCAGUCUUUUACAACAGUACUCAACAUCAAAACGCUACUGGGCAAAGGCCGUUGGCGCCCUCACCGAUUCCCAGACACCCACUUCAAAACUCCAGCACACAAGUGGUGCCGAAUAGUGGACGUCUCCCUUCUCCUGUGGUUAAUCGCCCUACCAUCUCACCCACUCAGGGAAAUAUGGACGUCGGCCCUGUUGCAGGGAUUCCUCAGAAAGCACACCAACUCCACCAACAAGCUGCAAAUGGCGUGUUUAGCCCUGCCAACGGUUCGCCCUCACAACCUUUAGGCACCCCUCGUCCAACCUCUCAAGACCAACCUCAACCUGCUCAGACGCCCAUUUCCAGAGCUCCAACUUACCCACUGUCCGGCCUCUCGCCUAAGAAGCAACAGACUCCUGGCCCUCUACCGCCUCUCCCCUCCGCCAGUCCUCAGCAUUCGAAUCCCAUCUCCUCACCACCCACUUCAUCGUCAUUCCAGCAGACGAUAUCUCCAACCGCUAAUAUCGAGAUUAUCACUCCCUCGACUACUUGUUAUGCUGUUGAAAAACGUGCGGUCAGUGGCACACCUAUUCUUCCUCCGGUUGAGAAUCUCCGACCCAGCCCGGAACAGCUGAGGCAUAUGAGUUCCACGGAGCCAGUACCGACACCGAGUAAGCAGUCCCCCCCUCAGGCACAAGUACAGGCUCAGGCUCGAAGUCAAGCCCACAUCCAGCGUCGGCCUGACGACGAGCUUCAAGCAAAAAAGCAAGCCAACUCAGAAGGCGGUGGAGUGGAUGGUACUACCGAGCUUGUUGCCGUUAAUGAGAACGGAGUCAAGGCGACGGAAGGAGGUUCACAUGUGAAAGCAAAUCUGGGGUCCAAACAGGAUCAGAGAACGGACAAUGCCGCAGUCAUGAGUGAUGUCGAGAUGCAGGACGUAAAGUGA